CUGGGCGCCGCCCGGGUCAUGGUCCAUAGGUCGUACAUCUUAAUUUUUCUCCUCGCAUCAACUGUACUGUCGCUUUUCAUAAUAGAACGAUCUCUAUCCAGGCCUCGUCAUAACUUUAAAAAGCCAAUAAUAAAAAUAAAAACAGUCAAUACUACAGGAAGUACGAAAAUAGAAGAAAUUGAAGCUCGAAUGGCCUAUAGAAAAUUAAAAGUUAAGGAAGCUUGUGCAAAAUAUGGCUUAGACAAAGAAGGAAAUGACAGCUUACAUCAACCAAACCCUUGGGAAUUUUUAAUAAAUAAAAAAUAUCACCUCGUUUGGUGCAAUAUUUUUAAAGCUGCCUCCACAUCAUGGAUGUAUAACUUCAAUUUACUGGCUGGGUACAAACCAAACUUUCUUAAAAGAACAAACAUAGUACCGCUUCAGUUGGCAAGAAGGAAGUACCCUCGACCAUCACUUCAAGAACUUAAGACUGCUUUAAAUACUUCUUACUCAUUUAUAAUAGUUCGUCAUCCGUUUGAAAGGCUGCUGUCAGCGUAUAGAGAUAAAAUACAGUAUGCAUUGCCUAACACUCCUCAUCAAAAAUUAGGAAAUGAAAUAAUUUCAAAAUUUAGAGAAAAUUCUAUACAGGGAAGAAGAAAAAAGGCUUUCUAUAACCCUAGAUGGCCAACUUUACCAGAGUUUGUGAACUAUUUAGUAGACAUAAAAAAAAAAGGAUUGCCUAUGGACAUGCACUGGGCACCUAUAACUGAAUUCUGCACCCCAUGUCAAAUUCAUUUUGACAUCAUAAUUAAAUUUGAAACUUUAAUGGAAGAUCAAAAGUAUUUAAUACAAGUAGCAGGACUGAAAGGUAAAAUAAAACCAGAAUGGAAAAAUCCUUCUAAAGGCCGUGUUACAACUGAUGUAGUCAAUAACUACUAUUCACAACUAACAGUAAAGCAAAUACUGCAACUAUAUUAUUUAUACAGAUAUGACUUUGAACUCUUUGAAUAUAGCAUCAGUGAUUACCUGGACAUGGCAAAAGCUGAUAGAGUAUUUAGUCAGAAGUCAAUCACAGAAUAGAUAUAUAAAACAAACAAUAAUGAAAAAAAGCUGUAAUGAAUAUCUUUUUAGAUUUAGAAAUAUUGAAAGUAUUCCUAAAAUGCUAUUUGGAAUUAUAUUUAUUUAAUGGUUGUAUUUAAAAUAAAAUAAAUUUAUUUUCUUAACAAA